GGUAAGUUGGUAUAUUAGAAAUCGGUAGAAAUGCCACCAAAUUUGAGGGUAGAUAGAAAACUGUUAAUUUUUAUGUCUGAUUUCACAAUUUUUGUUAGUGAAUAAAAUUUUCAAAGUUUUCCAUAAUGAGCCGUACAAUAGAAGUACCUGAACAAAUGUACGAAAUGGAAUUAAUGAGAAAAUCUCGAAAACAUGACGCCGCAAGCAUGGCUGUAGUCUUGAAGGAGAUUACGAUAAACUCCAAGUUGGGUAUCCAAACUUUGCCACCUGCAUCUGCCAAUGAAGACUAUGAUAUACAGGGUCCAAGCCAUGUGCAAUGUAGGCAAAUCCUCAUAAAGCAUAAUAAGUCCACCAGACCAUACUCGUUUCGUGAAAUGUUUAUCACCCGAACUAAACAAGAAGCUAUGGACAUGAUAAAAGAGUUUCGCCGCCAAAUCAUUAAUGAAGAAACAACAUUUGAAGAGUUGGCCUGUACCUAUUCGGAUUGUCUCUCGGCUAAGAAAGGUGGCGAUUUGGGGUAUUUGACAAGAGAACACAUUCGAUCACCAUUAGAAAUAAUAAGCUUUAAUCUUGAAGUGGGUCAACUAAGUGAGCCAGUUGAAACAUCUUCUGGUAUCCAUCUCAUCCUUCGGAUUAAUUAGGCAUCAUGAGUUAAUUUUUUUUAAAUAUUUUUUUUGCAUUUAUUAGAUUAUAAUGUAGGUAUAUAUUUAUUUUUACAUUUGUUGCACGACACUUACCUAUAUUUUUUGCAUGUUUUACUGAGACUUUUUAUAUUUGUUUGUAUUUUUUUCAAGAGAAAGAAUAAGAUAAGCAUAUCAUGCCUACGUGGAAGACAGCCAGGCUGAUUAUAUUUACAUUUGUUGCAUGUAUUAUUGUUAUUUAUUUUAGAUAUAUAUAUUUCUAACUAGCCGACCUCCCGCUGCUUCACCCUUUAAAAAUCUAAAAUAUGACAAAUAAUUAUAUUAAAUUAAAUUAAUAUCUCGUUUCCUAUAACGAGAUUAGAUUAGACUAAUUGAUUCUUAAAGUAUUAGUUUUAGCGUUUAUUAUGUUCUGUGGUUUCAGAAAUAACCAUUUUCAUUUUCAAUCUAGCCAUCAAUAAAUGCAUCGUGCAUGUGCGUGUAUUUUUGUUAUUCUAUUUUUGGAAAACGGUUUUGUCAGACUUUACUUUGUCAGAAUAGCAGGUGCAAUUUGAUCAUUCAAUUUUGCAUACCUAAUAACAUUCUCGAUUGGAGAAUGUUACUAUAGGUAUGAACAUUUCCCGUUCAGGCAAUUUCGUAUUUACGAAAUAAUGGCCCUUACAUUCCUUUAUUUUUUGACUAAUGGCCGCCGAACAAUUAGUUCGUCAGUAGCUAAGGCAGAAGUACGAAAUUUUUAUUUAUUUUUUAAUUUUUUAUUUAUUUAUUUUCUUAUAAUAUUUUCCUUAUAUUUUCUUAUAAUAAAAUAUAAAGAAAUAUAUAAUUUACGGCAAUUAUUGCAAACCCACUUAUUUGUUGUCACAGCAUGCACUAAGGAUAAGGAUAAGGCCUAGUUCGCACUACUCCAGUAAUCCAGCCGAGUACAAACGAUUCUUGGGCGGUAAAACCAAAAAUCGUUGGCACCCGGCUAAAACAAGAAAGUUGUUCGAACUAGGUAUAAUAAUAUAAAAUAAUUUAUAAUUAAUAAAGAAUUCUAAUGUACAAAGAACAAUAUUAAAUUUAGAUUAAAGUUAAACUACAUGUAAAACGAUAUAUGUGUGUAUAGAACAAAAAACAAAAACAAAACACUAUCUAACUCUAGGUAAAGAAGACGCAAGGUCUAACUAAAUCAGGAUUAAUAUCACGGCCCAUUCAUAAAUUGUUUGAACGGGCCGUGCAAUUGUUGUACGAUGACGUCACGCACAUUAAACGCGGGCUGUCGCCGCGCACACUUCUAAAUUCCAUAUCUUCAGAACUUAAUUAACGUAUCGAAAUAAUUCUUUCACGAGUUUUAUUUUUCAACGGAGAAUACAGAAAGCUAACAUUUGAAAAUAGUGAACAUUCUCCAAUUAAUUGACUGCCGUAUCUACUUAGUACCCUAUUGCUAUAGCUGUAAUACUGGAAUGAGCCCCAAUGACAAUGUCACGAAAAGCUUGUAUUUAUAGACUGGUCACUGCUGUAUAUUGACAUUGUUGACGCUGGCAAGACCACGUGUCACAGAAUGUAUCCGGCUGUCAGUAUAUUGAUAGGUAACAUCAUCGAUUGUAGAUCGUUAGAUGGGCCUCGAAGCGUUGCGGAAUUGGUUUCGCAAAUACUUACGAAUGAAAAGUAACAACUUUCUCACUAUAUGUGUGUUGCGGCUUGUGUUUUUACACUUUCAAAAUGAUCACGAAUGUAUAAUUAAGGGAUUAAACAAGAAAAAAACAGUAAAAUAUUUUUCAAGUCACAGCACGCGCUUGUUGCAUACUAAGUCAAAAUUUGCUUGCACGUCUUUGAGUAAUAACAUAAAACUAUGCGUUCUUUAAUAUAGAGGGGCCCAUCUAACGAUUUAUAUCAAUGGGUAGCAGGACUAAAUUGUUUCAUGUCAACAGUCUGCAGGCUGUUGACGUGAAACAAUUUUCUAUAAAAGUAAGUAAGUACAAAAACACCAUUGCAUAGACAAUCACUCAUGUAUUUUAUCCCCCUAUUCUAACGGGAACGGGAACUACGCGGGACAUCGGCUAUUAGUAGGUACAUAAUUGAGUAUGUACCUUAUGUACACACCUAGACAAAUGAACGAUUAUGUAACAAGUAUUUACUAAGGCCAUAAUUAUAUACUCGUAUGUAACACAUAAUUAUGUACUGAUGUGUGUAUUUUGUAAGUAUAUUUAUUUAUAUCAUAAAGUUUGUAAGUAAAUACAUAUAUGCAUGUAAAAUAUAUUUUUCCAUUUUAAAA